UAUAUAUUUUAUUCGAAAUGUGCGGCUUGCCAGGCAAUUAGUGGAUGAAUUUGAGGGCGCUUAUGGUUUUUGAAGCCAACAAGUGCAAAUGGCGAUGGAGAAUCAUCAAAGUGCAAUGAAAUAUUCCAAAUAUUUGCGGCACCGGCCUCUACACACUCGUGUUCCAUGAUAGAUGCCUCAGAGCAGAGAACUAUCUCCCUUAAAUAAUUGGCAGCACAGAAAAAGUCGCCCAAAGUGAGACAUCGCUUCUUCUGCGCAAAAUGCAAUGGAUUGGAUUGAUAUUUCUUCGAUCCGCAGAAGUCUCACUUUAAGACUUCUGUGGGCAUGUGUAUGCCGGCAUUUUUCGUUCACCAAUACACAAAAAGAUUAACCAGUGCUGCCAAUAGUUCAUCCACUGAUACACACACGCACACACAGCACUCAAGCCUCCACGACCUCUGACUGGGCAGCACUGUCGUGGUAGGCGUCUGUGUCGGGCAGUAAUUCCGAGAAACUUCAGCGUGUAUUAGUAGACAACUCCGCAUAAAUAAAAUAAAUUUCCCAUAAAUCAAUUUUUUUUGUGCAACCGAUCGCCAUAAACAAACGAACACACGACUGGGAUCCGAUUGCUUCCAUUUCGCUCGAAGCAGUGAAGGUUCUCGUUCAGCGGUGUUUCUUUCCAAUAAACAUUUUCAUUUCUUUCUCGCACAAAAAGAUGUCGGAGAAUAGCUUCAACUCAAAGUAUUUGGACGAUGACGAUGAGGACGAUGCGAUUGCUGCCUCUGAGGGCAAAGUUUCGAGCCAGGUGGCCAAGCGCAUCUGGCAGCCAACCAUCGAUGAUACUACCCCUGGGGUCUGGGAGCCGCCCGCUCUAGCGGUGAGCGGGACCGCCUCGGACUUUAUACACGAAGUGAUGCGCUCUCUCUACGGCGACAACAGCAAGGAUCCGGAGAACGGCUCCGCCCAGUACUUCAAGGCGGCCGAGAAUUAUGCGCUGUUUGGCGCCAACUACAUGGGCUUGGAGGAGGACAAGAACAAAAAACCGCCGCCGGGCUUCGACCAAAGCUCCAGUCAGUUUGCGGCUGGAUCGGCCGGAGUAUCCGGCCAAAGCUACUCGGGGUAA